AUGGCAAUCCCCAUUACAUGUUGCGCUGGACUUGAUCCAGCAGCAGAAUACUUUUCUCGAUUUCUGACGGUCGAUGAUACUCCCUCACGAGCGGAGCGAAAGUGCAAUCAUUGCAAGUUGGAUCUGUCACCCAAGAUGUGGCAAUCAAUGCGGCGGGAACGCCAUCCCUAUGUGUUUGAAUGUGAGGCGUGCUGGAUCCCAAUUUUGAGUUCUGGCACAUGUUCUGACGAUUACAGUAAGACAAUAGCGACCGAGGGAUCGGAGAAAAGAUACUGCACUUGUCACUGUACAUGCGAAGAUCUCGAUCUGCUACCACCCAGGACUUGGUAUAAAGCGGAGCCGGCCUUGCAGACGGUCAUUUACAAGAAGUUCGAACCGAGAUGCAAAGCAUGCAUUUUGAAGCCAUGGGUUGAGGAAUAUGUUCAAAACGAAGGCUAUUGUCAACGCGAUCUUUACCAUGAGUAUCUCAUGCUAGAGCGAGCACGAUUAGGUAAAUUGGUCAUGCCACCCACUCGAAAUGAAGUGGAAGCAGACAAGCCCCAAUCCUCCUUGCAACCUGUGAACCGGUAUAGCCCUGCCAACGAAAUUAUCAAAGAGGGCCAUUAUCCAAAGAGGUGCAAAAGCUCGACCGAAACAAUCUCCGGGCUACCAGCUGAUUUCCAGAGCAUGCUUCUAAAGCGUGAUCCCGACGCAUUCGGGAUGGCUGUCCCAAUUAGCCCAAGUUUGAUGUAUGAGAACGGUCAAUACCACACCAAAGACUUCCAUGCCUGGGUCCGGCUCGCGGCCUCGCACGAAUUAGCACGUACCGCAGCGUGUGACUCUCUCAAUAAGAGCAGAUCGGAGUCCAACGUCGACGACAGCAUUGCAGAGCCGGGACCAAGCCCGUGUCCGUACACGAACGCAAUAACCCAAAUACCCGAGAUCAAGGCCAUGAUCGACGCCGAGCGAGCUGCAUUACUGGAAUACUUCAGUCAGCCCGAGAGCUGCAAAGGCGUACAUCGCCGUGCUAGUCUCUGCAGCAUCGACGGCAACCUGGAGGAGUGCUUAGCACGCAUUGAAACCUCAACGCUGCCCAACAGUUUCGAGCCUGCUAUCCACGAGCACUUCGAUCGGCAUAUGCACCGCCUUAUUUUGCGACGAUUGAAGGAGUGGGGUAUGAAGCUCGUCUCUCCUGCAAAUGUCUGGUCGACAGUCGCGGCAUUGAAGGACCAUCCCUUGAGGAUUCAGGUUUGA